UUUAAUCAACGUUGUUUUUUCCAAUUUAAACACAAAUUCAUAAUAACAUCAAGAACUAGAGUCUUCUAUAUUAAAAACCUUGGUGCAAAUUCUCAAACAGAAAAGAGAGUAGAAGUGAACAUUAAAAAUGGCCAACUCUAGUACAAGUGUUCUUCUUCAUCUUAUUCUUCUUUUAUUAUCACAUAUUUUAUUCCAAGUUGCUACAUGUGGAUCCAUAGUAAAGUUUCUUCCUGGAUUCAAUGGACCUCUUCCUUUUGUUCUUGAAACUGGGUAUGUGGGAGUGGGAGAAAAUGAUGAUGUGCAAGUGUUUUACUAUUUCAUUGAAUCUGAGAACAAUCCAAAGGAAGAUCCUCUCAUGCUUUGGCUCACUGGUGGACCUGGCUGCUCUGCUUUGUCUGGCCUUAUCUUUGAAAUUGGACCUCUUGGAUUUAGAAAGGAGGAAUACAAUGGGAGUUUGCCUAAUUUGAUUUUGAAGCCACACUCAUGGACAAAGGUGAGUAACAUUAUAUUUGUAGAUUUGCCUGUAUACACAGGCUUCACUUAUGCCACAACAAAUCCAGGGUCUGAUCGAAGCGACUCGAUAUUAGUUCAUCAAGCUCAUCAAUUUCUUAGAAAGUGGUUAGUUGAUCAUCCAAAAUUUCAAUCAAAUGAAAUUUAUAUUGGUGGAGAUUCAUACUCUGGAGUUCCUGUUCCAGUAAUUGUUCAUAAAAUUGUAGAAGGAAAUGAAAAAGGUACCCAACCUUGGAUUAAUCUCCAGGGAUACUUGUUGGGGAAUCCUGUAACAGACAGAAAGGAAAAAAACUAUCUAAUCCCUUUUGCUCAUGGAAUGGGACUCAUAUCUGAUGAAUUGUACAACUCACUCCAAAUAAAUUGCAAUGGAGAGUAUAUAAAUGUAGAUACCACAAAUGUCUUAUGUUCUAGAGAUAUCAAAUCAUUUGACAAGUGUACAUCAGGACUUAAUACAGCUCAUACUUUAGACCCAAAAUGUGAGUGGCGUGAUGAUACUGAAAAGUUUCUGAGGAGAUCUCUAAUUAAGAAAUAUCCUUCCAACUUUCUCACUACAAAUCUCAGACUGCCUCCAAUAAGCUGUCGAAGUUAUUCGUAUUUUCUUUGCGGUUUUUGGGCCAAUGAUGAUAAUGUUCGCAAAGCAUUGCACAUACGUAAGGGUAGUAUUGGAAAAUGGCACCGCUGUUCCUAUAAUAUACCUUUUAAGAGAGAUAUCUUUAACACCUAUGACUAUCAUGUAAAUCUCAGUAGAAAAGGCAUUCGUUCACUAAUUUACAGUGGCGAUCAUGACAUGACAGUUCCAUUCUUAGCGACACAAGCAUGGAUUAGAUCUUUAAACUAUUCAAUUGUUAAUGAUUGGAGACAGUGGCAUACAAAUGACCAAGUUUCAGGAUAUACAAGGACUUACUCUAAUAAUAUGACAUUUGCAACUGUGAAGGGUGGAGGACACACAGCUCCAGAGUUCCGACCCGAAGAAUGUUUUGACAUGUAUAGUAGGUGGAUAUCAAAGAGAGUUUUGUAGAAAUAAACUAAAAUAAACUAGUAAAAAAUAUUUAUCACUUGGCGUGACACAUUAUAUAUAUAUAUGGUCAGAAUCAAAUGACACCAAGGUGUCAAACUUAGUAACAUGACACCUCCUAUAACUCUUUACCGCAUAUUCAUAUGAUAAAAUCCACCGUUGGAUUGAAAGUUAUUAUCAUAUAGAUUAUGUAUAUAAAAUUUAUCAUCAAUCGAAAAUCAUUCGACAUGCCAGCGAGAUACAUUAAAACUAACAUCUUACAAAAUUUCAUGAAAACUAUUAAUUUUUGUUAUUCUCCUAAACAUAUCAAAUAAUUUUUUAUUGAUGUGAAAAUUUAUAAGCGUGAUCUAUAUAAUAAUGCCUUUCAAUCCAAUGUUAGAUGUUAUUAUACGGACAUGAGGUGGAGAGUUAUCAGAUGUGUGAUGUUACUAAAUUUGACACAUUGAUGUCAUUUGAUCCUCAUUCAUCUUCUAUCAUGUGUAUACUUAUCCAUUUCCAGUGAAUUUCAUAUCAUUUCAUCUUAUCCAUUUCCAGUGAAUGUCAUAUCAUUUCAUCUUCUAUCAUGUGUUAAUGAUCUUGAUUGCAUCACAAGAAACAAAAGUUACACUAACAAUUGCCAUCAAAAGUCUUGUUUAAUACUAGAGAAAUUGGUUUCGAUACCAAAAGGUUGGUUAGAUUCUAGAGAAAUAUUUGUUUCUAUGCUAGUGUGUGAUUUGGUAUUCUAUAUUAGAGGAAUCAUUUUCGAUACCAUAAAUAAUUAUUUCGAUAUCUGAGUUGGUUUUGAUACAAGGGAAACAUGAGAGAAUUGUGAGGGGUCAUAUUAUUUGGAAACACAGAGUGAGGAGUGAUUCUAGAGUGAUCAUGAUCAUCAAGAAUGAACACAAAUGAUGGCUUUUCAUCAAACCUUUUAAUUCUUGAUGCAAGUAAGUGGAAAAGAUGAAGUAUUUGUAUGAAAUCAUUGUUUGAUGACACGCCACAAGUGCAAAACUAUAUAAAAAAAAUAGUAUUGUUCGGAGACCAUAAAAUUGACCUUUUUCCGAUAACAAAUUACAGACAUAAUUCUUAUUACACCUUGGACGUAAUAUGCAAUGUCUUGAGCUAUUUUCUUCACUUUUAUGAUUUUUCUUCUAUGCUUUGUGCUUUUGGUUCCGAUGGCUUUUCAUUGUGUACUUGGAUCUUUUUAACAACCACUAUUUUCCUGAAAUACCAAACAAACAGACAAAUAAAAUCAAACAAUUUGGAAAAAGUAGCUAAAAUCGCAAGAAACAAACACCAAAUUUAACAUAAAGCACAACUAAAAAUAGACUUAUCGUUUGGAGCUCAAGAAGUGAUUGAGAUGGUGCAUAAUGAUAAUGAAGAAUGUGAGUGGUACCAGAGGCAGAAUGAGGAAAAAACUGUGUGUGGGCCAGUAAAGUAAACUAUAAUAUUUAAAUUAAAUACAAAAAUCAUAUUAUAUAUAAAGUUUAAGUCGUAAUAAGCACAAAAUUGAUUACUAAAAAAUACUAUAUAUCUUAAAAUAAUACUCUACAUGCAGUGAGUGACUUGAAAUCAUCAAUAAAAGAAUUUGAACUAAUACAUGCACUUAUUUUACUUUAAAGUAAACAUUCAUGUUAUCGGCUAGAAAUUGACCUUUCAUCUUAUUUCGCAACUUAGUCUUGAUAAUUUUCAUUGCCGAAAAAGAUCUCUCAGUUGUGGUAGUAGAAACUGGAAGAGUCGGGAUAAGACGGAGUAGUCUAUUAAUCAAGAAGUAAAGUUUAUUCCUAUUAGUUGCAACCAAACGCGGACAUAAUUUUUGAAUAGUUGAUAAAUUCUUCAAAUCUGCUGAUUGAUGGGAAUCAAUAAGAAAUCGCCAAAGCUGAAAUGGCAAAAUAAUCUUCUCCUGCUCAUUGAAAUCCAAAGAAUAAUAUUUUUCAACUACAGUGCAAAUAGUAUCAAUGUCAAAAGCUUUAUAACCACCCUUAGGAAUCAAAGCACAACUUAGAGUUAACAAAUCCAUUGCUUGCUCAUUAAUUCUACUAUUCAACUCUUGUAAUUGUUGCUCAGUAAUAGCAAAAAAUAUUUCCACUUUAAA